GGGAGCGGGCAACCAUGGCUAAAUAUAGCCGAGCAGUCUCCUCUAGUGCCUUAGCAAUGCAGGUAUUUUGAAGGGAAAGCGGACAUGGUCAACUUUGUUGGACACCGAUCAUAUCGAAAUGGGGAGUCGAUACGUGCCCCGCCCGGUUGGGACGAAGUUGCAUGCGUUGUGCAAAGAUGCUCCACAGCAAAGUCAUCAUAAUCCACACAUGGAUGCAGCAAUGGAUGGCCUCGGUGCCAUGCAUCGCGCAUGUUGUUUGAUGACCAUCCAUUCUGUGAUGAUUGCUAUCCAUAGUUAAUAAUACACUCAUUGCCGCAUGCACAAACUAGCCUAAAAAUAGUAAGCGGAUUCAAAUUCCCGAGCUUUGAAGUGGCAGCGGCAGCAUCGUCAAAAUAGUAAGCGGGUCCAAUUUCUCCAAAUUCCUCAGGUGUUUCUGUUUCUGGUAUUUUAUUUACUAUAUAUGGUUGGUGGUUCCCCUUGUUCUCAACAUGAUCAUCUUCCUCAAUGCUCCCUCGAAGAAGAAGAAGACAUCGAGAAAAUUAAUUAAGCCAGAGGAAGCAGCUCCCAAUAUCGAUUGUUCACCAUGGGCGACAGCAUUUGGUAUUGCUAUUGGCCAGAAGGCAUCAAAACCCCACCAUCUUGGAAAUCAACAACAAUACUAACGGAUUUCAUGUUGCCUGCCUACCUCGUCCAGCUCGUCGUGGUGAUCGUCACCAUUCAGACGGUGGAGUUCCUUCUCAAGCCCUUACACCAGCCAAGAAUUGUUGCUGAAAUCCUCAGCGGCGUUUUGUUGGGCCCAUCGGUUCUGGGAUACUUCUUUCCGAAUGUACACCGCCUGCCCCCGGAGCAAAACUACUUCAUUUUGAGCACCGUGGGGAACUUCGCGCUUCUCUUCUACGUCUUCAUGGUGGGCCUGGAGUUGGACGUGAACGCGCUGCGGGAGCUGAGGAAGAAGGCGCUGACCCUCGCCGUCGCCGGCAUGGCCCUCCCGUUCGUCGUCAGCUCCGCCGCCACCUACCUCCUCGACCUCCACUCUCUCCUCUCCAGAAAGACGGUCAAGCCGGUCGUCUUUUACAUCUUCUUCGGCAUCACCGUCUCCAUCAGCGGCUUCCCCGUCCUCGCCCGCAUGAUCACCGAGCUCAAGCUCCUCAACUCCAGCGUCGGCCCCGUCGCCAUGGCCUCCUCCAUCAUCAGCAGCAUGCUUUCCUUCAUGCUGCUCGCCAUCUGCCUGGCCUUCGGUGUGCGCCUGGAUCAGGAGGCCUCGUUGGAGGCGGCGGUGUGGGCGAUUCUCUCCAGCGCCGGCUUCCUCAUCGGUUGCUUCUUCGUGGUCCGGCCGGCGGUCCGGUGGAUGUUGGGGCGGAGGGCGGAGGGGGACGAGCGGGGGUCCGAGAUGGAGAUGGGCGUCCUCCUGGCGGGCGCGGCUGCCGCGGGGUUCAUCGCGGACGUGAUCGGGAUGAAUUGGGUGUUCGGGGCCUUCGCGUACGGGCUCGCGAUACCCAACGGCCCGCUCGCCACCGCGUUGAUCCAGCGGUUGGAGCUCUUCAUGGUGCACUUGAUGAUGCCCCUCUUCUUCUUCUGCAGCGGCUUGGUCGCCAACCUCCAAACCAUCCUAUCCCCCCCCGGCGCCAUCCGCCUCGUCGCCGUCUUCGCGGUCACCGUCCUGGUCAAGGUGCUCGGCACCGUCCUCGCCGCCUACCGCUACUCCAUCCCCCUCCACGAGAGCCUCACGCUUGGCUUCCUCGCCAUCGCCAAGGGCCCCCUCCACUUGAUCAUCCUCAAAGUCGGAAAGGACGCCAAAAUCGUUCUUAAUGAUUUCUUCACGGUGAUGACCGUAGCUUCGGCACUCGCUACGGCGGUGGUGGCGCCGCUGGUGACGUGGACGUACAAGCCGACGCGGCCGCUGAUCGGGCACAGGCGGCGGCAGCUCGAGCGGUCGAGGCCGGACGCGGAGCUCCGGAUGGUGGCCUGCGUCCACAGCACCCGCCACGUCCACAGCAUCACCAGGCUGCUGGACUUCUCCAACCCCACCAAGCGUUCCCCCAUCUUCGUUUGUGCCCUCCACCUCGUCGAGCUCACCGGCCGCGCCUCCGCCAUGCUCAUCAUGCACCACGGCGCCGGCGCCGACCAAAACCGGGGCGACAAGGCCCACCCCCACGGGCAAGCACAGUCCGAGAGCAUCAUCGCCGCCUUCCAUAGCUACGAGCAGCACGCCGCCGGCGUCUCCAUCCAGACCCUCACCGCCUUUUCCUCCCCCAACACCAUGCACGAGGACGUGUGCUCCCUCGCCGAGGAGCGCCGAGCCUCCCUCAUCGUCCUCCCCUUCCACAAGCACCCGACGGCCGACGGCCAGCUCGUCGAAGGCAGCCCCAACGUCCGCACCGUCAACCAGAACAUCCUCUCCGACCCCCCCUGCUCCGUCGCCCUCUUCGUCGACCGCUCCCCCGGCGGCGCCAGGCGGUUCUGUGCGCACCACAGCGUCGCCGCCUUCUUCUUCAGCGGGCCCGACGACCGCGAGGCCCUCGCCUACGCUGCCAGGAUGGCGGAGCAUCCGGCCGUCAACCUCACCGUGGUGCGUUUCGUGGAGGGCGCCACCUCCCUUUCGACCACCCCGCUGCAUGACUCGUCCGAAGAGGAGACGCUCGAGAGGGACGCGCAAAGGAUGAGGGACGACGAGAUGUUGAACGAGUUCCGCCUCCGCUUCGUCAGCAACGAGACGGUGCUGUACACGGAGAAGGUGGUGAGCAACAGCGAGGACACGGUGGCGGUGGUCCGGUCGAUGGAGGCCGUCUACGACCUCUAUGUGGUGGGGAGGGGGCGACGGGUGGCGUCGCCGCUCACUGCAGGGCUGGAGGAGUGGACCGAGUGCCCGGAGCUGGGCCCGAUCGGGGACCUGCUGAUCUCGCCGGACUUCAGGGCGUUGGUGUCGGUGCUGGUGGUGCAGCAGCAUGCCGGGAAUGGAACCGCUACCGACCGUGCUGAGCCACCGCAGCCGGUGUUUCAAAAUUUUCAGUAGCACAUGCAUUAGAGAUUUGUUGUCGAGACCCAACCUAAUUAGGAUCCUAUUUUAGUUGAUCAUUUGUUCAAUAAUUUUAGAAAUCUAUUUAUUCCUAAUGCUAUUCUAUUUAAUUAUUUUUUUCACAUGGGAGUCAAACUAUUUAAAACGAUGAGAGAUUAUUUUUAUAUCCGAAGCGUCUUUUGUGAAGCGUCUUUGUCAGAAUAGUCAAAUUCUUUAUUUUAUUUUAUUUUUUUUAAUA